AUGAAGGCGGCAUUAGAGAGCCAGUACCCCGAUAGUCAGCAACAACUAUGCAUUCACCAUAUCAACUCCAACGUUCUUCUCAAUGCCAAACGGAGAUGGAAGGACAUAAAGGAAGAGGACGACAGCUAUGAAUAUGGCAGUUCUGAUGGUGAACAGCCGCAGGUAGCGCUCACUACGGGAGACAUGGAAGCAGUUCUCGCCGCAGGGAAAGAUGCCAGCCCGCCGUUGCGAACCGAUCAAACCUUGCAUGUGACGCAUAACUACCGUGGGGUCCUUGAGUUAUGGAAACUCGUGGUCUUUGCAAAGACCAAAGCUGACUACGAGAAGGCUUGGGCACAUUUAUGUGAGGAGUUCAAUGACCAGCAAUCAAUUCUAAUGUACCUUUACAAUACCUACUUGCCAAUAAGUACCCAAUGGGCUCAUUGGUUUAUUAAGCAUUACCGCAAUUUUGGAAAUCGGGUGACUUCUGGCACGGAAGCGAGUAACAACAACGUCAAAAGCUAUCUGCUUAAUGGAAUGAGCCAUUUGUAUGGGCUUGUUGAAGCGAUUGAGGGCAUGUUGAGUGAUCAGGAGCGCGACUUUCUGGAUAACUGCUCGCAGGACGAAGUGUUGACAGCACGAGCAUAUUCCGGGCCUGGGUCAGAGUACCUAGGGGAGCUUCGUAUGGUGAUGUCACAGCCAGGGCUGAGUCUUGUCGCAAGAGAGUAUCGCUACGCCACCAGGUCUAUACCAAGCAAGUCCUGCGCUUGGCCAGAACCAAUUGGUGACUGCAACGAGGACUGUACUGUUUCCUGGCAGCUGGGUACUCCUUGCCGCCAUACAAUUUAUAAUAAGUUGGAAGCGGGAAUGCUUUCGGCAAAAUGGGACGUUCAUCCUCGCUGGCACCUUCGAGAACCUACGUCGCGGAACCCUUACCGUCGAAUUCUCGACCCAAAGAUCGCUGGGAAUCUUCGAGGACGGCCAAAGAAUGCUUCCCAGUCUGUCCCGGAGAACAUGGCGAUUAAUCAGAUGGCAGUAGGCAGAGCUAGCGUAAGUCGCAAGACUGUACGAAGGAAAGCAGUCCUCGGGCCUGGCAAGCAAACAGGAGUGCGGCAAAGAGGCCAUAGAAGGCAGCCUAGCGUUCGGAGGCGUCGAAGCCAAUGGGAAAUCAUCAGUGACGACGAGGACCCGGAGCCUCCCCCAAAACGAAAACUUCGAAGUCUGCACGGCGCAAAAAGGCCAAUUGAUUCAUUACCAUCGGCUAGAGAAAGCUUGGGUAAUGGGACAGAGUGUGAGGAUUGUAUCAACGUGCUAUUCAUCGAGACUCAGCGUAUUGUAUGCGGACUUCAAGUUCUGUGUAUUUAA